UAUUUUAUGAAAAAUGAAGGUAUUUACUUGACAAGAUAUAAAUGAUUCACUAACAUCAAUGGGAUCUCCAAAAUUUGGAACUGGGACAAUCUAUUUUAUUUCCAUCAUGGAGAGCCAAAGGGGUAUAUAUAAUAUAGGAUCAAUGGAGAUGAAUUUCUAGCCAGUUCCUUGCAAUAAAGCUUAUAUUCUCCACAGCAGCAUGAUAAUGAGGGGACUAACUAGAAGGCAUUUCCAUGUAAUCUCAAAAUCUAAAACUAACAUUAAACCAGUCUCUCCCACACCCUUGAAACUCAAGCCUUACAUUCUUCCUUUACAUGAUCUAGGGGUGGCUGGUCCUUACACGCCUAUAAUAUUCUUCUAUUCCAAUCCACAAGCACUAGCUAAUAAAGCCCCCAUACAAAAUCAACUCAAGAACUCUCUGUCCAGUACACUUUCCAAGUACUAUCCCCUUGCGGGAAAGCUAAGUUCUUCAGGAUCACGCGUAGAAUACAAUGAACAAGGCAUUGAUUUCUUUGAUGCCCAUGUAGCAUGUAAAUUAUCAGAAGUUCUGGAAAAAACUCCAACCAGGGAUGAAGAAGAUGGUUAUGGUCAUCUCUGUCCCCCUGGUACCAUAUGGGGAAAUUUGUCGUCUUCUCGUAAUUUAAUGGCGGUUCAACUAAAUUAUUUCUCUUGCGGAGGAAUAGCUAUUGCUGUGAGCCUCUCCCACUCUAUUGGUGAUGCUCUCACUUUCUUGUCAUUCCUGAGUUAUUGGGCAAACUUGUGCCGCGACCCUGACAAUGAAGAAAAACUUGUGCUUCUUAGUCCCACUUUUUUGCAAUCAGCAGCAUCAUGUGAUGAUGAUUUUUAUUCCAUUGAAUUUCCGAUUCCUGAAAAAUUUUGGAUCACUACUGAGAUAGUGUUUCCCAACUCAAAGAUAGCGAAACUCAAGGCAGAGGUGGAAAGGCAAGACAGACGAGAUGGCCUAAAUCAAAAUUAUACGCGGAAUGAGCUUGUGACUGCAUUCCUUUACAGGUGCGCUGUAGGAGCCGCCACUGCAUCAAACUCCGGGGCCUAUACUAAAUCUGUACUGAUGCAUACAGUAAACAUGCGUCCUCUCCUUGAUCCUCCAUUGCCGAAAACAAGUGUGGGAAAUCUAAUUGCUAUGAAUCACGUUCCAACGACUACGAUGAAUGAGACAGGAUUAAAUACAUUGAUAGCCCAAAUGAAGAAAGGGAAGAUGCAGCUUAGAGGAAGAAAAAGCUUGGUCGGAACAGAGUACUUGGCAUUGCUGGACAAAUAUGCAAAAACUAAUCACAAGCUUUAUUUAAUGAGCAGCAUUUGUAAUUUCCCAUUGUAUAAUGAGAUGGAUUUCGGGUGGGGGAAGCCAGUAAAAGCUGCAUUUGUGGACACACCUAUGUCUAAUUUCGCAAUUAUGAUGGAUACACCGAGUGGAGAUGGUAUAAACGCCAUCGUUGGACUGGAAGAACAAGACAUGAAAAAUUUCCUAGCUGAUAAAGAUCUGCUUGCCUAUGCUUCUUUCUAAGAGUCUUGUGUUGAAAAUAGCUUGGUAUUUUUUUGUACAACUUAUUUUAUUUUUAUGAUAUUUUAAUAAGGUUGUGGAGCCAGGAGGCCUUUGGAGCAAAAGCCUUUUAACACUCACGGGGUGUAUUCGAUUGGGAGUUUAAUGGAUUGUUUUUAGUCUAUGGAUUUUAAUGGAAUGUAUGUGAUUUUGAUUUUA